GCGGUUUUUGUUCCUCGGCGAGUAGCAGGUUGGUGUGUGGUGCACAUCUCAGACAGGUUGCUGAUUGCUUAGGAGUGAUGGAGGGCGUUUUGGACAAGUAUAAACAGAUGGGAAUUGGAACGGAGGAGGAAGUACUUGAUCUGAAUGGGGGCGACGAGGAGAAAAGUCCAACGGAGGUGCAGAAAUCGGGUUUUCCAGUGAUUGGGAUGCUGCUCACAGAUCGACGGGUAAAGUUUUCAGCCCUUAAGGAUCUCAUGUUGUCACUUUGGCGGCCAGGGAAGGGGAUGUCCUUCAAAGAUUUGGGUGAAAAAAGAGAGAAUUAAGAACUAUGUGGCUGUGCUGUGGAAGCUUGGAUGGAUCAUCCACAAGACAAAUGUGUUGAUAACACAUGCAUUACUUUUAGUUCCACAUUGAUCUAUGAAUUAAAAGUUGGGUUGGAUGAAUUUACUUUGUGUAAUCAAACUUUGACCUUUUUGUAAUUAUCAGUUAUAAUUAGAUACACUUCAUGAUUUUAGUUGUUUUACUCUGUAAUUAGACUUUGAUCUUGAUGGUUGGCACUUGAUCAUAUCCUCCUUCCAGGGUUAUUUGUUAAGUGAUAUUGUCUAUGAACCAAAAACGAAGUGUCUUUCAC